AUGAUAUCCUCAUUGAUCAAAGACGAAGGGCUUUGUCCUACAAUGGAGACUCUUGCAAUCAACCCGUCCCUCAAAUUUGAGAACCCAAGAUUACAGAAUGCUUACAUUGCACUACAAGCUUGGAAGGAAGCCAUAAUAUCUGAUCCAAAAAACAUAACGGGCAACUGGAUCGGACAUAGAGUGUGUAAUUACACCGGUGUGUUUUGUUGGCCUGCACCCGAUGAUCCCUCUGAACGCACGGUUGCUGGUAUAGAUAUCAAACAUGCUGACAUUUCCGGGAACCUUCCACAUGAACUGGGGCUUCUCCAUAACAUUACCCUGUUUCACAUAAACUCUAACAGAUUCUGUGGAGUGAUUCCGCAGAGUUUCUUGAAUCUGAGGCUCCUCUAUGAGGUUGAUCUUAGCAACAAUCACUUUGCAGGCAAAUUUCCUGAAAUUCUCCUGCAAUUGCCAAGUUUAAAGUAUCUGGACAUUCCAUUCAACGAAUAUGAAGGUGAAAUUCCCAGGGAAAUAUUUGAAAGAGAAUUUGAUGCCAUUUUUAUCAAUAACAAUAGAUUUUCUUCUGAAUUGCCCGACAACAUCGGCAAGUCAACAGUGUCUGUAAUUGUUCUAGCUAACAAUGAGUUUCAAGGAUGCUUGCCAGCAAGUUUAGGGAAUAUGGCAGGAAGAUUAAAUGAAUUGAUUUUUACAAAUAAUGGGCUCAGUUCAUGCUUUCCUAGUGAAAUUGGAAAGCUAAAGAAUUUGACUGUGUUGGAUCUUAGCCAUAACCAAAUUAUGGGUUCAUUAACUGAAAGUAUUGGGAAUAUGGUAAACUUGGAGCAGCUGAAUUUGGCUCAUAAUAUGUUGUCCGGGAAGAUAUCCAAUGCGAUAUGUUCACUUCCAAAGUUAAAGAAUUUCGGGUAUGAGUACAAUUUUUUCUCAGAUGAAGUACCAGAUUGUUUGAAGCUGCCCGAAUUUAACGACAGAAGGAAUUGUUUUAGAGGGAGACCGGAGCAAAGAUCCAUGUUGCAGUGUCAAAGGUUCUUAUCUCGGAAGAUUAGUUGUGGCAGUUUUGAAUGUGCUACACUUCCACCGCCAUGUUCAUUAUCUCCACCACCGCCGAUUUAUUCCCCUCCUCACCCCUCACCGCCAAAGAUGAAGCUAGUAAGGAAUCAUAAGGAGUUUGUUAAUCAAGCUUCUUGCUUAAAUCUGAAGCUUGAUCUAUGGCGCCGUCGGGGAGGUUCGGCUGAUAACACAUUCUGGGUGGAAUUCAAAUUCCCAAACAUGAAAGAAAGUGCGGAGGAGGAGGAGGAUAUGGCAUUGGGAGGUCACUGGCUUCUUCUGAGUUCAGAUAAAAUUCUAGCAAUCAAUGGAGAUAACAAGAAACAUGGUGAAGAUAUGGAGUCCAAGGUCAAAGAAGCAGAAGGCGAAGACACUGGCAGCAAUUCUUCGACUCAUCGGGAUGAAUUCCAAGAAAAUUUCUAG